GUGUGUCCGUGUGUGUGUGUGUGUGUGUGUGUGUCCGCGUGUGUGUGUGUGUGUGUCUGUGUGUGUGGGUGUGUGUGUGUCUGUGUGUGUGUCCGUGUGUGUGUGUGUGUGUGCGUGUGUGGGUGUGUGUGUGUGUGUGUCUGUGUGUGUGUGUGUGUGUCUGUGUGUGUGUGUGUGUGUGUGUGUCUGUGUGUGUGUGUGUCUGUGUGUGUGUGUGUGUGUGUGUGUCCGUGUGUGUGUGUGUGUCUCUGUGUGUGUGUGUCUGUGUGUGUGUGUGUGUGUGUGUGUGUGUUUUAAAGAGAGUGGGCGGGUUAAACAGAAACGCCUUUAAGGGUUAAGCGGGAGAAACGGGCGCCGCUGCAGCACGCGAGCCCGGUGUGAGCUUGCGCUGUCCACGGUGCUGAAGGACAGCUCGCUUCGCAAACAGCUCGCCAGUUACAGGGUUUCAACCCGCCGGAGCGAUCGCUCAUAUAUAUGCACAGCAAACUGUUACAGACCAUCAAAAGGCGACAGGUUUCCGAUCUUGCAAAGAAUGGUGCGCCUGUAGGCGGAAUGGAAAGCAGAUAUUCCCUAAAAGCUCAAGGCAUAGGCGGGGGGAGCAUUGGUCAGCGACAGUCACGGAUAGGAGCGAGGGGAGGGAGUCAGUCACCGGCCAGCUCCCGGGACCCUUUCCGGGGUCCGGCGGGGCUGCCAGAUCCCAGGAACCCGGCAGCCCACCAAGGAGAGAGCGAGAGCGACAACGGUUGCAAGAUCCAGAGAGCCGUGUGCUUCAAGAUCGAGGGGAAUCAAUGUUACCGGGAGAAGAAAUUCCGCGAGGCGAUUGGCAAGUACCACCGGGCGUUGUUGCAACUCAAGGGGAUCCGGAUCGGUGAAGCUCGGGGCGAAGACGUGAGCGAUCUGCGCAAAGGACGCGGUAGAUUGACGGAGGAGCAGAAUCGACUUAUCGAGAGCACCGAAAUCGACUGCUACGAUAGUUUGGCGGCCUGCCUCCUCCAGUCGGAACUGGUGAACUACGAACGGGUGAAGGAGUAUUGUCUGAAAAUUCUCGGGAAGCACAAGGACAAUUUCAAAGCCAUGUACAGAGCAGGGAUCGCCUUCUACCACCUGGGUGACUGCGAGAACGCACUGCAGUACCUGAAGGGAGCCAAAGACCGUGAGCCGACAGAUACAAACGUGUUCCGAUAUAUUCAGCUGACGGAGAUCAAGAUGAACCGGUCCAACCAGCGGGAGCAGGAGGGCUAUAAGGAGAUGGUUGGCUAAUGGAACGUGACACAGUCGCAAACAUUCUCUCCGCCGGCACUGCAUGGAUCUAACUUCGACAAAAAGAAACGUCAAACUUCGGGCCACUGGUUUCAAAACAAGAAAUCUGACUGGUGUCUUUGGGGUGGUGGGUGAUGUCUGGAGGCUGGGGAGGGUGCUGCAUCCAUAUGGACGUUAAUAACUUGUAUCUAACGGGGGAUUUUGGUGUUAACCUCUGGAUUGGACCCUUGAUAAUAACUUGUAUCUAACUGGGGAUUUCAGUGUUCACCUCUGGGUUGGACCUGCGAUCUGCCUUGCAGAAAUGUGGAGGUUGUUCAGGGGGGUCUGGAUAGGUUUGCCCCACUGAGACAGGGCGAGGAUGGUAGGGUGAAGGGACCAUGGCUGACAAGAGAGGUAGAGCAUUUAGUCAUGAGGAAGAAGGAAGAAUACUUAAUGUCUAGAAAGCAAGAAUCACUUAGGGUCUUUGGCCCAUCCAACAGCCUGCCACAGUCCAUAACCUGUUUCUGCAGGUUGGGGUAUCUCAUUUAUUCAUGAUCAUGGGAGCCUGGAAAACAGCAACUGCACGUUGUGGGUUCAUGCCCCGCUUGGAACUGGAGCACAGCUGUAUCGGCUGGUACUGAGGGGGUGCUACUCACCCCAUCUGAUGUUGCCUCCUGGGCAAAGUCCCAAGGGCCUCCCUGUUCUCUUGGGCAGAUGUGAAAAAUUCCAGGGCGUAUUUUAGAAAACACAGUAUGUUCUCUUAGGCAGAGAACAAGAGAUCUGGUUCUGAUCAUAUUACUGUCCGUGGGAUCUUGCUCUCCACAUUUUGGCUGCUAUGUCUCCCACACCACCACCACAGUGACUGCCCAUCAUAAGAAUGCCAAUGGAGAGUGCCCUGUGUGAAAGGCAGUGCAAGUCAGUCCCCCCUAGCUGAUAGAGAGCUCAGGCAGAGGCGUUGCUGCUGGGGUGAGCGGCUGUGGAGUGUGGCGUUCCCGGUGCGUGCCAUGACCGCGGUCGCAACAACUUUGUCCAAGAUCCCCAAGCUGCUUGAAGGACCAUCAAGUCAGUGAACUGACCUCAGAUAUGACCAACAUGAACUUUUACUCCACCCCAUCCCAAAUAAAGAAAGUUUGAAGUGCCACACGCAGACACAUACACACACACACACACACACACACACACACACAGAAGUACACUCAUACGCAGGUGGACAAACGCAUGCGUGUGCGCGCGCACACACACACAAACACACACACUCAUUCACAUACACCUACAGACACACUCACACGCAGAGUAACUUUUAUUAUAUAUUUAUUGAGAUGCAGUCACCCAGCCGCCCUGAUUGGAUCACGGGACUGUGGGAGGAAACAGGGGCACCUGGAGGAAACCCACACAUCACGGGGAGAGUGUACAAACUCUUUCCAGACAGUGGCGGGAAUUGAACCCGGGUUGCCUGUACUGUAAACCAUUGUGCUAACCAUUACGCUACCACACUGCCCUUUAAGCGGCUUAUUACACGGCUAAUCUAGUUAUCUAUUCUUUGAAGAAAUAUAAAACACAAACAUUAAAAAGUGGCUAAUGUCGUAGUAGUUAUCUAAUCUGUUGUAACUGUGAACAAAGUCACUCGAGAGACUGAAGCGAGUGGCUAUGGAAGCCUUUAUUGCAGAAUAGUGUGUAUACAGGCAUCAUAUUGAGACACUCUUGGAAGAAGAGUCCUGCCCAACCCAAUAUUACAUGACAUUCUCAUAUUGCCAAGAUCAAAGGUAACAACAGGGUAAUUCUAUUGUUACUAGGUAUCUACAAUGCUUCCUUUGAAUUACAUACAGUUUUCAAACCAUAAUUCCAUAAGAACAUAGGACAAAGGAGCAGAAGUCGGCCAUUUGGCCCAUCGAGUCUGCUCCGCCAUUUUAUCAUGAGCUGAGCCAUUCUCCCAUUUAGUCCCACUCCCCCACCUUCUCACCAUAACCUUUGAUGCCCUGGCUACUCAGAUACCUAUCAAUCUCUGCCUUAAAUACACCCAAUGACUUGGCCUCCACUGCUGCCUGUGGCAACAAAUUCCAUAGAUUCACCACCCUCUGGCUAAAAAAAUUUUUUUGCAUCUCUGUUCUGAAUGGGUACCCUUCAAUCCUUAAGUCAUACCCUCUCAUACUAGACUCCCCCAUCAUGGGAAACAACUUUGCCACAUCCACUCUGUCCAUGCCUUUCAACAUUCGAAAUGUUUCUAUGAGGUCUCCCCUCAUUCUUCUAAACUCCAAGGAAUACAGUCCAAGAGCGGACAAACGUUCCUUAUAUGUUAACCCUCUCAUUCCCAGAAUCAUUCUAGUGAAUCUUCUCUGUACCCUCUCCAACAUCAGCACAACCUUUCUUAAAUAAGGAGACCAAAACUGCCCACAGUACUCCAAGUGAGGUCUCACCAGCGCCUUAUAGAGCCUCAACAUCACAUCCCUGAUCCUAUACUCUAUUCCUCUAGAAAUGAGUGCCAACAUUGCAUUCGCCUUCUUCACCACCGACUCAACCUAGAGGUUAACCUUAAGGGUAUCCUGCACGAGGACUCCCAAGUCCCGUUGCAUCUCAGAACUUUGAAUUCUCUCCCUAUUUAAAUAAUAGUAUGCCCGUUUAUUUCUUCUGCCAAGGUGUAUAACCAUACACUUUCCAAACACCUCCUUCUUUGCACCCACACUCCAGACACCCAAAAUGAAUGUUAAUCUCCACAGACACUAGGCCACAUUCAUUCUUUGUUUGUGAUUCAGCCCAACCUGAAGCUCCAGGAAGCCCAUUGUUCCGAGCUGUGUUUUCAAUUCAAUCUGCAAUCCACAUUCAUGUCUGAAGAUUGCUUGCUGGUGAAGUUAAUAUUUGCUAUAUACACUAACUCCACAACACGGCCAAACCGACUCCUUCCAGAAUUGUAACACACAAACACCGAUACACUCAUUCCCAUAUGCCUACUCUCACAUAGGUGAUGUAUGUAAUAGUGGGCGCCUAUCCCUUCUAGAACUGUUUCAGUCUGGAGACUCCCAGAGCCUCUCUGCCUGUCUCUACACAAUAAUCACUGCAAGAAAUGGUGCUUUGCACAGUGGAGGUCCUUCUAUAAAUGAAAGAGUUUAAAUUACUGCCUGUCCUCUAGUAACACAGAGAGUAAACAUCAGGAACAAAACUGUGAAACUUUAUCUGAACUGAAACCCCAAAUUUGCCCUCAUUCGGACUGAGGUGGUGUGUGGACCCAAGAGACAGUGAGCUGUUGAUUGCAGGGAUGUAACAUGCUACAUACGUUAAGCAGAUGUAAAGUUCCUCCAACACACUGCCAGCACCCCCCUUAAACAGAAAAUAAUCUGCAGAUGCUACACCCCCCUUAAUCCCAGAGCCUCCGGCAACUUCACACGCCAUGUCCCCCUAGACCCUGCAUUGAAACUAUUUCCUUUCCGAUUGCAAGGUUGCUUCUGCUGAUAACAAUCAUGGAAAUUUGAAAUAUCGACUUCUUCCUAAAAGUUCAAAUGGUUGAAUGUUGUCACUGAACCCUGGCCAAUGAGAGCUAGCUCCUGAGACAACUCUUCCCCGCCCCGACCCCUUGACUCGGAAUGAGCUGCCCCACUCAAUGCUGAUUGGAGGAAAAUGGUGAUUGCCAAUUCAUGACAUCAUCCCUGGCCUAUUCAAUCAGAAAGGUGGGUGAGCAAUAUAAAUCUGAUUGUGUAAGUUUUUAUUCAGGACAUGAUAUCCCAGAAUGUUAUGGUUUUAAUAAAGCACCUAAAA